AACGCUUAGGGUGUUACACAGGAAGUAGUCCUGAAUCAUCCCGGCGAGCGGUUUAGAAGUACCACCCACACGACUCUAUCGCUUUAUUCAUUACAUGUUCACAUAAUUUAAAGUUUUGUCCUAGUCCUCGUUCAAAAUGCUGAUCAAAGUGAAGACUCUGACUGGAAAAGAAAUAGAAAUUGACAUUGAGCCCACAGACAAGGUGGAGCGUAUCAAAGAAAGGGUGGAAGAGAAGGAAGGGAUACCCCCUCAACAACAAAGACUUAUCUACAGCGGAAAACAGAUGAACGAUGAGAAGACGGCGGCAGACUACAAAAUCCAAGGAGGCUCAGUGCUCCAUCUGGUGUUGGCGUUAAGGGGAGGGAAAGCAUACCACACACCCGAUGUACAACUCUUAGUGUCAUGAAUGACGCUUGACAUGAUGCCAGCUGUGUGCCAACGCUUUGGUUGUCCUGACUUCAUUUGACCAUGUUACAAUAAAAACAAAGCAACAAAAUUACCCCUCCCAGAUAUAUAAAAAAAAAAAAAGAAAGGAUGCCGUGUUCCCUUUGUGAAUGUUUUUGAAACCCACAUUGGCAUUCUCAGUUUGUUCUGUUCAGACAGGCACUUAAGAGUUUUAACAAUGCUGUGGUAAUUCAUGCUUGUGAAUAAAUGCUAAAGUUGAA